ACUGAGCAAGUUGUUAAAGUAGCUGUUUGGACCGGACAGAAUACCACUGUAUACCCCUGUAUAUAGCCUCGUUAUUGUUAUUCUUGUGUUACUUUUUAUUAUUUAUUUUAGUGUACUUGGAAAAUAUUUUCUUCUUCUUGAACUGCACUGUUGGUGAAGGGCUUGCACUCUAUUGAUGUCUUUAACCAUUGCUCACGGGUCGGAUGAGCAGUGACGGUUCACAACUUCAAUAUAAAGGAGACCUACUAAGGUUGUCACAGUUUUUUGUGAAGAAGUCAUGUGUCAGAUGGGUAUGAUUCCUGUGUUGACUGUAAAACCAUGGAGAGCCCUCUUUGAUGAGAAGUUCCAUGUGGUUGUGGGGAACUUACCACCGACACAGGAGGUCACACUACAUUCUUUACAUCAGUCUGAAGACACAGACUACUGGGAGGCGUUUGGGCACUAUGUCAGUGAUGCUCAGGGAAGGGUCACAGUCUUCAAGGAUCCAAGUUUAGGGGGGACAUAUGAGGGUGUUGAGCCCAUGGGUCUGAUGUGGAGCAUGAGACCAAUACCUGGCAGUAGACCGGAACUCAGGUUGAGGAAGAAGGAGGUCCACACUCCCAUGGUGGUUCACAUCUCUGUGUACAGGGGACACAUGAGUCAGGGUUUCAGGGAGCAGGUGGCCCUGGCGAGUGUCGUCACAGAGCGCUGGUACAUGGCCCCCGGAGUCCGCAGGGUCGACAUCACAGAGGGAGGGGUCACAGGUACCCUGUUCCUGCCACCAGGUCCCGGACCCUUCCCUGGAGUUUUAGACAUGUGGGGAGGUAGUGGCGGCCUAGUGGAAUAUAGAGCUGCUCUCUUGGCAUCCCAUGGCUUUGCUGCCAUGGCGCUACUUUACGUCUUCCCAGACCAAAAUAAAAAUGCUACCAUUGGCUACCCUUACUUUGAGGCUGCAUUCAGACUACUGCAGGAUCACCCUCUAGUGGCCGCUGACAGAAUUGCUCUGCUUGGCCUUUCCCUUGGUGUUACAGUGGUUCUAUCCAUCACUGCUUACUCAGAAGCUGUCAAGCCUAGAUGUUGUGUGUGCAUCAGUGGCAGCCAUGCGUGUCGAAUUGGAGCCACCCAGUCCGUUGAGGAAACAUCUCAGGGUAUACACAAAAAAUAUGCAAAGGCCCGUACUGAUGAGGAGAAUCGCAUCAUCUGGAGGGACGUUCUUUUACCUAUUCCAGAAGAUAUAGACCUGAAAGUGGAAAUGGGGAGGAUAACAUGUCCUCUGCUGCUGGUUGUUGGACAAGAUGAUCAGAAUUGGGCUGCUGUCGAAUCAGCUGAUGAUAUGAAGCAGAUGAUGGAGAGAGCAGGGAACAGUCACCUGCUGACCACUCUGUCCUACCCUGGAGCUGGUCACCUGAUUGAACCUCCGUAUGGUCCCCACUGCAGGUCGUGCACCUUUGUGUUGCAGCCAGGCCAACAGAGAGUGGUCAUGCUGUUUGGAGGCCUCAACAAACCUCACGCCGUUGCACAGGAAGACUCAUGGGAAAAGAUUCUAGGUUUUCUGCAAGAGCAUCUCUGUCACAGUGUCAAACCCCAUGUGCAGUCCAGAUUGUGAGCAUUGUCUUACGUCAGAUGGUAUCACUCCUAUGCAAAGCUCGUCCCUCAACCGAUCAGUGCAGGCGGAAUCAUUGCUCUAUCUGACAUAAGAAAAUGGACUGUGAGGUAAUUAACAAUGGACACCAUGCAGAUCAGACAAGGAAAUAAAUAACUUUUCUUGCCCAGAUGCCUCAUGAUUUCACCAAACUGUAUCAAUGGCCUCACUGUAUGAUGUAACUUCUGAUAUGAAUGCAAUUUGUUUAAGUACGGAUUAUUUGGUAUGUAUUUUUCAUUUGAACCAUAUGGUUUGAUUAAAAUGGGUUUGGUAUUUGGUAUUUUAUUAGGGUCCCCAUUAGCUGUUGCAAAAGCAGCAGCUACUCUUCCUGGGGUCCACAGAAAACAUGAAACAUAAUAUAGAAUGACAUAAUACAGAACAUCAAUAAACAAGAACAGCUCAAGGACAGAACAAAAAAAUUAAUAAUUCAAAGGCAUGGGCAAAGGCACGUAUGUAACAAAGGAAAGUAUGUAACAGUAUAACUUUAGACCGUCCCCUCGCCCAUACCCGGGCGCGAACCAGGGACCCUCUGCACACAUCAACAACAGUCACCCUCGAAGCAUCGUUACCCAUCGCUCCACAAAAGCCGAGGCCCUUGCAGAGCAAGGGGAACUACUACUUCAAGGUCUCAGAGCAAGUGACGUCACUGAUUGAAACGCUAUUUAGCGUGCAUCGCUAACUAAGCUAGCCGUUUCACAUCCGUUACACGUAGCCUACGUAUCAAUGCAUACACACAAACUACCUAGGUCAAAUAGGGGAGAAGUGUUGUGCCAUGAGGUGUUGCUUUAUCUGAUUUUUGAAACCAGGUUUGCUGUUUAUUUGAGCAAUAUGAGAUGGAAGGAAGUUCCAUGCAAUUAGGGCUCUAUUUGUUCUGGAUUUGACUGUGAUAAAUGAAAAAAAACCUUGUGAUACAGUGGGGCAAAAAAGUAUUUAGUCAGCCACCAAUUGUGCAAGUUCUCCCACUUAAAAAGAUGAGAGAGGCCUGUAAUUUUCAUCAUAGGUACACUUCAACUAUGACAGACAAAAUGAGAGAAAAAAAAUCCAGAAAAUCACAUUGUAGGAUUUUUUAUGAAUUUAUUUGCAAAUUAUGGUGGAAAAUAAAUAUUUGGUCACCUACAAACAAGCAAGAUUUCUGGCUCUCACAGACCUGUAACUUCUUCUUUAAGAGGCUCCUCUUAACCUGUAUUAAUGGCACCUGUUUGAACUUGUUAUCAAUAUAAAAGACACCUGUCCACAACCUCAAACAGUCACACUCCAAACUCCACUAUGGCCCUGACCUUAGCAUUCUUUGUUCUCUUUAUUAUUUUGGUUAGGUCAGGGUGUGACAUGGGUGAUAUGUGUAUUUUUGUCUCAUUCUAGGGUGUUUGUACUGUCUAGGGGUUUUGUAGAUUUAUGGGGUUGUUUCCAUCUAGGUGUUUAUGUAGGUCUAUGGUUGCCUAGAUUGGUUCUCAAUUAGAGGCAGGUGUUUAUCGUUGACUCUGAUUGGGAACCAUAUUUAGGCAGCCAUCUUCUUUGGGUAUUUUGUGGGUUAUUGUCUAUGUUAUGUUGCACAUUGUUUAUAUAGCGGUCAUGGUUGUCUUUAUCUUUUUGUUUAAGUGUUCUUAUUGUUCUUCAUUCAAUAAAGAAGAAUGUAUUCACACCA